AGGGAGUCCUGGAGUUGAUCACAUGUCUCCUGAGAGAAAAAGGUUAAAAAUAUGGGCCUAAGAGGUCAUGUCAGAAGAAGCUGGGAAGAAAACUAGGUUUUCAGAGUCUAAAGAUCCAAAAAUGUAACUGCUGCCCAUGUAUCCAUCCAUCCAUCCACCCAUCCACCCAUCCAUCCAACAACCCUCUACCUAAUAUUCAAUAUCCCCCUUAUUCAAGUAAGCCCAGCCUAUGAAGGAGGAUGUCUCACCAGCCCCUAGCCAAAGCCCAAGGGUUCCUCCAACCCCAGGGGAAAGUGGCCAAAUAGAAUAAGUUCUGGCUUAAAAGUCAAAUUCUCCUCUUAGCUCUGCCACUAGCUAGCCAUGUACACCAGGCCACAUGACUUGACUGUACUGGACUUCAGACGUUUCCUCACCUGCAUAAUAGGGGCAGUUGCACAAGAAGCUGGGUGGGCAAUCUUUCUGGUUCUAACAUUCCAUGGUAGACCCCUUGGCCCCUGAUGUCACAAACAUGGAGCUGACUUGUGAUUGGCCAUUGCCUCUCCCGGCUCUGCUGUUCUCUUGGUCAUGGGAACAAGAUGGACUUGCCUUGGACUUUCCCUACUUGUGCUCCUCUGUUAUGGGCAGCUCUUGCCAUGGCUCAAGAUUGUGGGAGAGCCAAGCUUAGAUGAGUUCUACGAUGAAACUCAGGCAAAGCUGUUCCUGCAGUUUUAUGAGCAAACAGCCCAAGUUGUGUUGAAUGAGUUCAUGGAGGCCACUUGGAACUAUGUCACCAACAUCACCAGGCAAAAUCGAGAGAACAUGCUGCAGAAGGAGGUGGAGAGAUCUCAGUUCAUGUUGUACUUUGGUAGCCGAGCCCGCUUGUUUAAGACAGACCAUUUCCAGGACCCGGAAGUGAAGCGCAUGCUGAGUAAGCUGCAGAACGUAGACAAGUCGGCCUUGCCCACCGAGGACCUCCGGGAGUACGACAGACUUCUAACUUACAUGGAGACAACAUAUAGUACAGCUGAGGUGUGCAUGGAUGAGGGUCCCUGCUUGUCUCUGGAGCCUGACCUUGAAGAAAUCAUGGCCACCUCCAGGGACCAGAAGGAGCUCCUGUGGGCCUGGCAGGGCUGGCGGGAUGCCGUGGGUCGCCAGAUCCGUCCUGUCUUCGAGUACUAUGUACAUCUCAGCAACAAGGCAGCACAAUAUAACGGGUUCGAAGACAUGGGGGCUUUGUGGAGAUCCAAGUACGAGACUGACACCCUGAAGGAAGACCUGGAGAAGCUCUUUGAGGAGCUGCAGCCGCUCUACCUGAACCUCCACGCCUAUGUGCGACGCUCACUGUACCGAUACUACGGGCCUGAGAUCAUCAACCUGCGGGGACCCAUCCCCGCCCACCUCCUGGGGAACAUGUGGGCUCAGUCCUGGGACAACAUCCUAGAUCUGGUCCUGCCCUACCCAAAAAAGCCACCUGAGGACAUCACAAGGAUCAUGAAGAACCAGCACUGGAAGCCUGAAAAAAUGUUUCAAGAGGCUAACAUCUUCUUAACGUCUCUGGGACUGCUGCCUGCCCCACCUGAUUUCUGGAUAAAAUCGAUGCUGGAGAGGCCAGCGGAUGGGCGGGAAGUAGAGUGUCAUGCCUCAUCCUGGAACUUCUACAAAGGCGAUGACGUCAGGGUAAAGAAGUGCACCGAGGUGACCAUAGAAGACCUGCUCUCCAUCUUCCACCAGAUGGGCCAUAUCCAGUACUUCUUGCAGUUCCAGAACCUCUCUAUAAUCUACCAAGAAGGUGCCAGCCCAGCCUUCGAAGAGGCUGUGGGCUCGGUGAUCACCCUCUCAGCCUCUUCCCACAAGCACCUGCUCAACAGAGGUCUGCUCAGCCACCCACACCAGGACUCAGAGGAGGAGGUCAACUUCCUGUUAGGCAUUGCCCUGGAGAAGAUUGCCUUCAUCCCCUUCAGCUACAUGAUAGACGUGUUUCGUUGGAGGGUCUUCGAUGGUACUAUUUCGAAGAACAUCUACAACCAGGAGUGGUGGAACUUCAGGUUGAAGUACCAGGGCCUGUGCCCACCUAUUCCUCGGUCAGAAGAAGAUUUCGACCCAGGGGCCAAGUUCCACAUUCCUGCCAGUGUGCCCUACGUCCGGUAUUUCCUCAGCCUAGUGCUCCAGUUUCAGUUUCAUGAAGCACUGUGCAGGGCCGCAGGCCACGUGGGCCCUCUGCACCGGUGUGACAUCUAUAACUCCAAGGUGGCCGGGAAGAUACUGGGGGAUAUCCUGAAGCUGGGCUCCAGCAGGCCCUGGCAGGAAGUCCUAAAGGAGAUGACUGGAGAGUACAAUGUAUCCACCAAGGCCUUCCUAACCUACUUCAAGCCGCUGCUGAACUGGCUGGUGACUGAGAAUGUGAAGCAAGGGGACAUCCUUGGCUGGCCAGACUUCAGCUGUUCUUUUGAAGAAAAAAACGGAAACAAAGUGUGGUUCCUGGGCAUGGAGCUGGAUCCUGAGCAGGCUCAGCUGGGGCAGUGGUUACUGUUCAGCAUGACUUUAGUCAUGCUCGUCCUCAUCCUGGGACUGGGCUGUAGGCUGCACUACUUGGAAAAACAGUCACUGGACAAGGACACUAUGAUACUCAGCACCCUGCCUUACACCUACUUCCUGGGCAUAGCCAUGGAACCCCGUCAGGCAGCCCGAAAACAGUGGAUCCUGCUGGGCCUCUGCUUCAUUCUUACCCUUUGCUGUCUUGGCCUACUCAUUCGGGUGCUCACACAACACAACAGGAAGCCUCCAUGGAUGAGAGCUGAGUCACAGAGCUGGGAGGAGCCACCAUAGAGACUGCCAACCUGCUCCCCACACUCAGGGACAGCCAAGACACCUCUGCCCCCCAGGAGGCCUGACUUGGCAGCCCUCUCAUCUCUCAGCCACUGUGGCCGAGGUCCCCCACCAGGUAUCGUGACUCUGCGUGGCACAGGCACAUCAAGCCCAGGACCCCGCACCUCUCACCUGGACUACAGCAGAAGCCUCCCUGAGCCUCCUUGGCCAUCUCCCUCCCCAAAUCCACUUUGUAAAGUUAUUUUUGCCAGAAUAUUUUCUUCAAAUGUCUUCGAAUUUCCUUCCGAGCAUCAAACUGCUUAAGAACUCAGCUGUCCAUCAAUUAAAUCUGGAUGUUCAAAUUAGAAUUGGCAGCUGUUUAUCAAUUAUUGUUUUUUCUCUAUGUUCACCUUCCCCAUCACCCAGCUGAGCCCCUUUGCACUGACGAUGCCACCUUUGGGUCUUUGCCUAAGGUGCCUGCUCCACUUGUAAUGCUUGCUACUAAGAUGUGGCUACUAAAUUGGACUUGGGACCUUCUGCAAAGUUCCAAAUUCAUCAAGGUGCUUAACGGACAGUGGUCCUUCUUGCCUCCUCUCCAGAAAACCUUUUUCAAUAAACUUCAUCUCGUCCCAA